AAUGGGAGAAGUUAAGGAAAACGAUGCUUACGAGGAAGAGCUUCUAGACUACGAAGAAGAGGACGACAAGGCCCCCGAUUCCGUCGCGGCCAAGGGUGCAGGCGAAACAGCGAAGAAGUAACAUACUACUAUCAUACUCUUGAUUUCGCGACAGAACUGCUUGGGUAAACCUUUCCAUUAAAAGGAUCUCGGAGGUCAUUUUUUACUUACUGAGUGUUCCUUCGCUCCGAUUUUGUUUGGUUCUUCAUCAGUGCAACAUGAGUGCAUCCCUCAGGCCAUAUUGGGAAUGGAUGUCAUCUGCCAAGCCAAAUCUGGGAUGGGGAAAACUGCCGUCUUUGUUCUGUCAACUUUGCAGCAGAUUGAGCCAGUUGCAGGUCAAGUUGCUGCCCUUGUUUUAUGCCAUACAAGGGAAUUAGCAUACCAGAUUUGUCACGAGUUUGAGAGAUUCAGUACCUACUUGCCAGAUAUCAAGGUUGCUGUCUUCUAUGGUGGCGUCAAUAUCAAAACUCACAAAGAUUUACUGAAGAAUGAGUGCCCUCACAUUGUUGUUGGAACACCUGGAAGGAUAUUGGCGCUAGCAAGAGAUAAGGACCUCUCAUUAAAGAAUGUCAGGCAUUUUAUCCUUGAUGAAUGUGACAAGAUGCUUGAAUCACUUGACAUGCGAAGAGAUGUCCAGGAGAUUUUCAAGAUGACCCCUCAUGAUAAGCAAGUCAUGAUGUUUUCAGCGACACUCAGCAAGGAGAUUCGCCCUGUUUGCAAGAGAUUUAUGCAAGAUCCUAUGGAAAUUUACGUGGAUGACGAAGCCAAGCUGACCCUUCAUGGACUUGUACAGCAUUACAUUAAAUUGAGUGAGCUUGAAAAAAAUCGCAAGUUGAAUGACCUACUCGAUGCUUUGGACUUCAAUCAAGUUGUGAUUUUCGUCAAAAGCGUGAGUAGAGCAGCUGAGCUGAACAAGUUACUUGUGGAGUGCAAUUUCCCAUCUAUCUGCAUUCACUCUGGGAUGUCACAGGAGGAAAGGUUGACACGCUACAAGGGUUUCAAGGAGGGGCAUAAAAGAAUUCUAGUGGCAACUGAUUUGGUCGGCAGGGGAAUAGAUAUUGAACGUGUCAAUAUUGUUAUCAACUACGAUAUGCCUGAAAAUGCUGACACCUACUUGCACAGGGUGGGCAGAGCUGGCAGGUUUGGUACCAAAGGACUUGCAAUUACCUUUGUCUCAUCUGCUUCCGACUCUGAUGUCCUCAAUCAGGUUCAAGAGAGGUUUGAAGUGGACAUAAAAGAACUGCCAGAGCAGAUUGAUACCUCUACUUACAUGCCAUCUUGAUGGAAGUUGUUUUGCCGGGGAGUACGUGUAGUUCUAUGUAUUUCAAAAGAUGGCAGCUGGUAAUGUGUAAGAGCUGGUGGUGCAGACUUUAGAUUAAAUCUUGUUCAAUCAAAUUUCAAUGGAUUGGAUGCCCAUAUGAAGAAAAAGGAUUUUGCCCUGGGGUAGAACCGGAGUUUUUGCACUUAAUAUGUAAUUGUUAAUUGAAGUCUAGAGCAAAACGGUACAUGGAGAAAAUGCCAUGUGUGAUAGUAAUUGUAUAACUUGGUGCAUUGACGAGGAA